UAAGGCAGCAUGGGAAAAAUCUGUUAUAGUUUCCACAUUUUCGUUCGAAAAACUAUAUUUGGGCAAGAACAGGCAUCCCUUACUUACUUGCCUCACAGGUUUUAUAUUACCUUUGACGUUUCUAUACCGCAAAUGCGGACCGAACCCAAGACAGAUUGCGUACAAUGGACUCGCCAGACCUAAAGCCUAGCCAGAUCGCGGCCAUGGUGCUGAGUGUGGGGGCGGUGAGCGCGAUCACCUACUUUAGCGGCCAGUGGAUGCUCAGCUUGCUGGACCCGCACUGCAAGGUGCGCAAGAAGGCCAAGAAAACGGCCGAGGAGCAGCUGCGCAAGCUAAACUCGGUGGCGGGCAGGGACGCGCCGAAGUUCCGCACCCAGGACCUCAACGAGCACGAGGUGAUGAUCGCCUCGCUCCUAGUGACUCCCGACGACAUCGACGUGAGCUGGGCGGACAUUGCCGGACUGGAUGCGGUAGUCAACGAGCUUCGCGAGUCGGUGGUGAUGCCGGUGCGCCACCGCGACCUCUUCAGCCGCUCGCAGCUGUGCCAGGCGCCCAAAGGAGUCCUGCUGCAUGGACCACCCGGUUGUGGCAAGACGCUGAUCGCCAAGGCUAUUGCCAAGGAUGCCGGCAUGCGGUUCAUCAAUCUCGACGUGAGCGUGCUGAAGGACAAGUGGUACGGCGAGAGCCUGAAAUUAGCCUCGGCCGUGUUCACCUUGGCCCAGAAGCUAGAACCUUGCAUCAUUUUCAUCGACGAGAUCGAGUCCUUUCUGCGGGUACGCGGCAGCGGGGAUCACGAAGCCACGGCCAUGAUGAAGACCCAGUUCAUGAUACGCUGGGACGGGCUGAUUAGCAACGCCAACGCCUGCGUGCUGGUGCUGGGGGCCACCAACCGUCCGCAGGACCUCGACAAGGCCAUUCUCCGUCGAAUGUCGCUCCAGUUCUAUAUAGAAGCGCCUCGGGACUGCCAGCGUCUGGAAAUUCUGCAGCUAAUUCUGCAGUCCGAGCAGCUUCAUCCUUCUGUAAACCUCAAGGAGCUGGCUCGGCUGGCCACCGGCUUUUCUGGAUCUGAUCUGCGAGAGCUAUGCCGCCACGCAUUUAUAUGCCGCAUGCGCCAAAUUAUGCGAGGCAGGAACCAAACGGAAUCGGAAUCGGAAUUGGGCCUGGCAAAGACCGAGUCCGAGGAAGAAUUCAAGGACUGCGAGCAGCUGGAGAUUCGGAUGGAUGAUUUACUCAAGUCCCUGAUGACCAUGAAGGUGUCAAAAUACCAGUCCCUAAGCAGCUCCGACGAGAAGGAUCUGGAGUUGGAUUAAGGUCGCUAAGGAAAUUCUCCCUUCAAAUUCUCUAUUGUCGUGACAUAAAUUUUUGUUUAACUAUAUUAUUAAAAUUUCUAAAAGGCCUAAAAAAUGGUCUUAAAAUCAAUAAAAAGUCAAAUGAAUAUCAAA